AUGGCAAAGUUGGAAAAGGCUGCAAACGAUCUGGAUUUUUACAAAAAUCGUGAUGAGACUCAUCCAUAGAACCUUAAUUAUGAGCCUCCUGUUGAAGAUUUCUAUGGGCCAGUGGCAACAGAGCUGAGAUUCUGUACAGAUCUUAUCUGCAUUUUUAUUUGGAUUAUAUUUUUGGGGUUUUCUUUUGCUUAUGGUUUUUAUGCGUACCAAGAGUUUAAAAUAGAAAGACUCUAUCGGAGUUCCGAUUUUAGAACUGACUUAUGCGGAAUUAAAUAAUUAGAGAAGAAACCUUAUGCUUACUUCCUCGACCCAGAUAAUUUAUUCGAUAUUGCUAUUUGCGUAGAAAAGUGUCCCAAUACGAUAGACUAUACUUAACAAAUUUGUUUAUAUGAUACUGAUGGAUAAACUAUAUUAGAAGAUUACUGCUACGAUACCUACUAUACUGACCCUUACUUAGUUUAUUGCAUGCCCAUGGAACUAGGAUAAAGAAGAGAUGCAAUUGAAAAGAUUAUAAACACCGAUAUGGAAAUUUUUAAGAGAAUAGCUGGUGAUUUUUGGAUAAAUAUUGAGUUAAUCGUAGGAGCAUUUGCAGUUUAAAUAGUAGUAGGAAUCAUUUUCGUCAUUAUUUUGUUAGGAAAGAGAAUUGCUCAUAUGAUGCUUUGGGGUUUUGUAACUGGGUUUUGUGUUGCAAUGGUAUUCUUGUCUAAAUAUUUGGAUGAAGAAAGGUAUAAGGUAAUUUAAAGGGAUUGCCCUGUUGAUAUUAAAGAUCCUUAUCAAUGUGUGGCAGCACAUUUGUAUUUAUUGGAAAUUGCAAAGCAAGCUUUAUUAUACUUAAUUCCUGUCUAUGUAUUCUUCCUAAUUUACUGUUUUCAUCAAAUUUUAAGGAUGAUUCAAGUUAUGGAAAGAAUGCUCAAACCUUUAAGGUAAAUGCUACAUGUCUUACUAAUUCCAUUCUUUAUAUCAUUGUUGUAAGCUGCAUUAGCAAUUCUAUUCAUUUUAGUCUUAAUGGGAGGUAUAAACUCUGGAGCACCAGAAACUGUCUCUGCUCCUACUGGUUUUUCCAGCACUUCAUAUAGGAAAUUAGUGUUUUAAGUGUGGUAAGAGAGAGGAUUCUACGUGGUAUUAUUUUUUAUGCUUUGGACACUGUAAGCCUUGUAUUAUUAUGUUCGUUGUUAUAUUGCUUGCUGUUGUUCAGUUUGGUAUUUCAGUAGAGAUAAAAAUUAUUUAAACGCUCCUAUGCUGAGACCUCUUUGGUACACUAUUAGGUAUCACAUGGGAAGUUUUUUAAUGGGAGCAUUAUUGAUUCCUUUAUUCUGGAUUCCAAAUGCUUUGUUUUAUUAUUGGAAAUCCAUGUUAGUAUAAAUGUCACGAAAAAGCUUUUUAUUACACAUUUUAUUGUUUUUCUCAAUCCCUGGGUUUUGGUUUUACGAAUAUGCAGGAAAGUAUAUCAGUCAUAGGAACUUCAUGCAUAUAGCCAUUUUUGGAGAAAGCUUUUGGAUAGCAGGGCAAAAGACCUUUUAUCUUAGAGAAAGAAACUCUUCAAGAGUAGAAAUGAUAAAGAAAACUCUUGGGUUUGUAAGGCUAAUAGGAAUGUUAUUUAUUUCAUCAGUAGGAACUUACUUGGUUUACUAUUAAUUAUAUACUAAUUAAAUUAUUGACAGAUUUGUUAUCGAUGUUAAAUAGGCGGUUCAUUUCCCAAUAGUGCCAGCUAUAUAUGUAUUUUUAGUUGGUUUAUAUAUUUCUCAAAACUUUUCCUCCAUAAUUGAUAUUGUUGCUGAAAUAAUGAUGUUUGAUUUAAUAGCCGAGGAAGAGAUGUUUAUGGGAAAAUAGAGAUUUGCAGAUUAAGAUAUGCUUGAAUUCGCAAAUAAAUAUAGUAAAGAAAAGCAGAAAUCCGAUUUUGUUGUAACUAAUUAAGGAAGGAUAAAUCCUAUGAAUGAAGGAGACGACGCUAACAAAGCUCUGGGCAAAUUUGAUUUGGGAAAUUUAAUGGAGUAAGAUGAGGAAGAACCUGAGGAACUAGAUCCAGAACCAGAACCACCAGUUGAAGAACCAAAAGAAAAAUCUAUUAAAAGUGAGCAUGAUGAUGAUUUUGGAAGAGGAAAUGAACUGGAUUUGGAUGAAUUAGGAGAUAUGAAUAAUAAAAAUAAUGACGAUCAAUUUGAUGACGAGCUUGCAGAAUUUAAUAAAUAAAGAGCACAAGAUUCUAACAAUAAAAGGAAAUUAGAAGAGGAUGUUAUUAAUUUAGAUCAAAAUAAGUAAUAAGCAGAUGGGGCAAAAAAGACGGAUAGAAGAAGAUUUUGA